AUGGGCAGGGGCCGCCAGGAAGUGCCACUAAGCAUACUCCGAGCGAGUCAAUUUAACGGGAGAUAUCAAGUCGCUACAAAGUUAGGCUACGGUGCCAACUCGACUGUAUGGGUGGCUAGAGAUCUUAACCGAUGGCGCUGGUUACAUGAGAAAUAUGUUGCUAUUAAGGUUAAUGCGAUCAAACAGCCUUCACGGCGAGCCCCUCUUGAGAAUGAACUCGACAUGAUGACGCACAUUUCUCAAGUGAAUCCUCAACAAAAAGAAUUCAUAUCUGGAAUCCACAUCUACCUCGUCUUCGAGGCUUUACGCGAACCUCUGUGGCUCUACCGCAGGAGGUACAUAGGUGGUGUUAUACCUCCAGAUAUCUUGAAGAUCUUGGUGCUUCGAUUCUUGAACGAGACGUUCAGGACGAGUUCGAAAAUCCGCUUCCACAAAAGCACCUUGAUGCAAGUACCAUUUAUCUCUCUCGAAAUAACUAUGGACCGCCUUCUAUUCCAACAGUUAUGGGACUUGCUCGAGGGAAAGGGUCUUUUCGAUCCUACAACCUCUGGCAAGGCUGAUAAAUAUGAUGACCAGUCACACCUUGGCCAGAUCACAGCUUUGAUCGGACCCCCGCCCGUGAGCCUUCUAUCUAGAGGCCAAAGAACUCCUAUUUUCUACAAGCCCGACGGUGAACUCAAGGAUCCUGACCGUAUCCCUUGUGAUUUUAGCUUUGAGAACACCAUCAAUUGUAUGAGUGGGGAGGAGAAGCUGAGAUUCAUCCAAUUUAUCAGGAGGAUGGUGAAAUGGAGUCCAGAGGAAAGAAGUACUGCAAGAGAACUCCUUGAAGACCCGUGGCUGCAUGAAGAUUUCUCGCAAGAUUAGAAAGAUAGGAUGUUAGUUAUUAGGAACUACCGAGAUUC